UGAAUUUUGAUUUAGCAGAUUUUGUUACUAAUGAUAAUAAUGAUGCUGGAACUAAUAUUAGUCAAAUGGCAAAUGCUUUAUCAAACAAACAUGGAUCUGAUAUGAUUGUUGUAAAUGCUGUUGAACAAAUGUGUUCAGAUGGAUUGCUUUAUAGCACUGUUGAUGAAUCUCAUGUUAGACUCACAGCUUAA